UGAGAGGUUAGCUAGCAAUCGACCCAAUUUUGAUAAUGGAUAACCGAACUAAGUGGAGGCAGAAUGAUUGUUUUGUUGGGGCUAAAUGAGGUCUGUGAUGCGUAGAGUCACAACAAUGACAUUCUCCUACUUCCUCCAAUCACCACCACUCCCAACUUCUCCCAAACUCUUUUUCUCGCCACGACAAUUCUCCCUCUUCUCUCUUCUUCCUUUACCCAACCAGCGAUUCAUCACUCCAAGCCACAGCUCUCGUCUACGCCUGCGGGGUUUCUCUACCAAAUCCAUACCAAAGAUGCAGGAUUCAGGAGCAGUGUCUUAUCUUACGCAUCGAGAAGCCGCCGAGAUUGAUGAGACCUUGAUGGGUCCUCUCGGCUUCACCGUUGAUCAGCUCAUGGAAUUGGCUGGUCUUAGCGUCGCAACUUCAAUUGCUGAGGUUUAUAAACCGAGUGAAUAUAGCCGUGUUCUAACAAUCUGUGGUCCUGGAAACAAUGGUGGUGAUGGUCUUGUGGCGGCGAGGCAUCUUCACCACUUUGGAUAUAAACCGUCUAUCUGUUAUCCGAAACGUACUGCCAAAUCACUUUAUACUGGACUGGUCACUCAGUUGGGGUCACUUUCAGUCCCUUUUGUUUCUGUUGAUGAUCUGCCGGAGGACUUGUCAAAUAACUUUGAUGUUAUCGUAGAUGCAAUUUUCGGGUUUUCAUUUCAUGGUGCUCCAAGGCCUCCGUUUGAUGACUUGAUCAGGAGGUUAAUGUCCUUGCAAAACAAUGAGCACAUUGUCCCAAAACGCCCUGUCAUUGUCUCUGUGGAUAUUCCCUCUGGUUGGCACGUUGAAGAAGGAGACCAUGAAGGUGGAGGAAUUAAGCCUGACAUGUUGGUAUCUUUGACUGCCCCAAAAUUAUGUGCCAAGAGAUUUUGUGGCCCUCAUCACUUUUUAGGUGGCAGAUUUGUACCACCUCAAGUUGCAGAAAAGUAUAAGCUCGAGCUUCCUAGUUACCCUGGGGCAUCGAUGUGUGUUAGAAUUGGUAAACCUCCAAAAGUUGACAUAUCUGCUAUGAGAGUGAACUAUGUCUCUCCAGAAUUACUUGAGGACCAGGUUGAAACUGAUCCUACUUUACAGUUCCGUAAAUGGUUUGAUGAGGCAGUUGCUUCUGGAUUAAGAGAAACAAAUGCUAUGGCUUUAUCUACGACGAACAAGGACAGAAAACCAUCAUCAAGAAUGGUCUUACUUAAAGGAUUUGAUGAGAAUGGAUUUGUCUGGUUCACUAACUACGAAAGUAAAAAGGGUUCUGAUUUAUCAGAAAAUCCUUGUGCAGCACUUCUUUUUUACUGGGAAAGUUUGAAUCGGCAGGUACGAAUUGAAGGACCGGUGGAGAGAAUCUCCGAGGCAGAAUCAGAGAAUUACUAUCAUAGUCGUCCUAGAGGAAGUCAGAUCGGCGCCAUUGUUAGCAAGCAGAGCUCUGUAGUACCUGGCAGGCAUGUUCUGUAUGAUGAGUAUGAAGAACUUACUAUAAAAUAUUCAGAUGGAAGUGUCAUACCAAAGCCGAAAAACUGGGGAGGAUUCAGACUUAAACCAAAUCUUUUCGAGUUUUGGCAGGGACAGCCAUCUCGUUUGCAUGACAGGCUGCAGUAUUCUCUUCAAGAUGCAAAUGGGAAUUCUGGGUGGAUAAUUCAUAGAUUGGCUCCAUGACGUAUACUCACUUUCCCUGUGAGGAAACAGAUGGCUGUUUGGCUUUUUUAUAUCAACUUAUACUCACUACACAAUGAGAAUAAGAUUUAAGUAUAUAACCAAGCCUUGUAGGGAUCUUAUUUCCAGAAUUGUCACUAGACUAAAAGUACUUUACCAUUUAAGCAGUCAAAUAAUGUGAUUUUUUUGGCUACUCUGUGCUUGAUAACCCAAAAAGUUGUCUUGAUAUACGAAUUGUAUAAUCUUACGUAUGUGCAAAUUAUGGAUUAUCUUUAAAAAUUUGUACAAUUAUAACGGGUUUGAUAAAAAAGAAAGAAAGGGAAUGUGAUAAAGACGAGUCCUACUUUUAUCCAUGUGGGCUGGAAUGAAACGUCUGUAUCUAGCUACACGUCAACUAAACUAUAACAUAAAAUUAAACCAAGGAAAGAAAGAUGAAUAAUAGACUCUUAGACUCUUCAGAUCAUGCGCACUCUUGCUAUAUCUAAACAGUUUCGGUUUUGAAAUCGCCGCUGAGUGCGAGAGAGAGAGAAAAAAGAGAAUCUUCGUUGCGCGGGGCUUUUUUCCGGUAGUUGGUGCUUUGGCGCCGCCUCCGUGAGGAUAUAUUCUCGCUGCUGUUUCCUUUGUUGUUAAUGUUGUUGUUUGCAAGUGUUUUUCAGCGUGUUGGAUAGUCGUCACUUUAGUGGAGGAGUUUAGCCCUCUGUCUCUUGAGGCGAGAUCUGGUUUUGACUGUUUCUCCGGCGAUUCAGAUGUGUGAGAUCUCGAUCUUGCACCCUAGUCUCGUUAUGGUAUUGAUAGUUCUCUACGGGUUCUAUCUUGUUUGGGUUGUUUCUUCUUUGAUUUUAUGUUGUUGAGUUUUGGUGUCUUUUUUUUUUUUUUUUUUUUUCUGUCAUCGACUUCAAUAAGAGAAAUCGUCUAUAAUGCUCCUCUCGCUUGUUUAUUGAGCUGUAAUACUCCUCUUUUAAUUUAAAAGGUUUUACAAAAAAUAAGAUAAAUAGAAAAAAAGAGAAAUUAUUGAAAACCAGAUCAGUUCUAAUGAAAUUACCAUUUGUGCCUAGUUCUAACCCAAGAAAAAUCGGAUUCUUCGAUGGAUCGGAUUUGAGUCCGGUUUUGACCCGAAUCUCCCCGAAAAUCCCUCAAAUAUUUUGAAAUUCUUUCAAAUAUUUCAAAAACAUAUAUUUCUCUCUCUCAUACCACUGAAUCGUCGAGGAGUCGCAACCGUCAUCUCCACCAGAGAAAAAACCCUAGUACGGCGGUAGAAAGAGGGAGAAUCGACGAUGAAAAACGAUGCCAAAGACGAGAAAAAUGCGUGAGGAGAACCCGAGCAGUCAGAAGCCGGCGGUGAAGAAGCAAAAAAUGCCGGCAGAGAACCCGAACCCGAGCCAGAAGCCGGCGGCGAAGAAGCGUAAGACAACAAAAUCGGGAACGACGUCUCGAACGACGGAGGAGAUUCCGAGUGGAGAGGCGACUCCUCCUCCUCCUCCUCUUCGAGAGGCGACUCCUCCUCCUCCUCCUCGAGAGGCGACUCCUCCUCCUCCGAUUGUUGAAGCAGAAACGACAGAGGCGGGUAACUCCUCCGAUGGCCGGAAUCUUGGUGCCUUUGAAGAGACGAUUGCUAUGCGACCGGACAUGUACUUGAAGCCUGAUCAGUAUAGCAAGACCAUUAAACUACCAACACGGUGUUUCGUCCAAGAAGUUAUGGAGACGUUUGAGAAAGUGGAUCUGAUUCCGACGGAAAGAGAGUGGUUUGAGCAGCAUCCGCAGUUCUGCCACAUUCUUCACAUGCCGAAGAGCAAUCAUAUGGUUCAACCAUUGUGGAUGUUGUUGCUGCGUACUGCUAGGAUCGAAAGGGAGAAGGAGGCUUGGUUUGUGGUGAAUGGCGUUCCCAUUUGAUAUGGGUUACGAGAGCAUGCUAUGAUCUCAGGACUCAAUUGCAGCAACUACCCUCUCUAUUGGAAUAAAAGAGGCAACUCUUACUUGAAGCGAAAGUAUUUUCCUGACAAAAAGAAGGUUUUAAGAGAGGAUGUGAAGAAUAAGCUUGAGGAGAUGGGCCCGGAUGAUAGUGGAGAUAGGCUCAGGAUGGCGGUGUUGUAUUUCUUGAGCAGCAUCAUCUACUCUCCCACCAAAACCGGAGACAAUGCAAAACCCGUGCUCAAUGUAUUUUUAAAAUACGCUGAUGAUUUGGAUAAGUGUAAGACAUUUUCCUUGGGGGAGAUUGUCUUUUGAUCGCAUCUUAGAGUCUAUUUCGGAUACGAUGAAGCACUUUAUUGAGAAGGGGUUGGGCAGUGCAUGGUCGUUUCCUGGUUUUUGCAUUCCAUUGGAGCUUUUGGCGAUGGAGGCCAUUAUGCCAUUGAGACAGAGCUUCCGAGAAGCUGUACCAAAUAGUAGCGUCGAUUGUCCGAGGAUGUGCAGGUCCAAGUGGAAGAAAUGCGACCUGAGAGGCUGGCCACUUGAGACUGUGUAUCAAAAGCUCGGAUGCGAGAACAAGGACAUUGACAGUGUGCUGAUAGCUUCGGAGGAGGAGAAUGCAGUGUUGGAUUUGAUAAUGGAAACGGAGGACGAUGUUGAUGAGCACGAUCCUGUUGUGGAAAGUUGGGAAAAACGUAUUGAUAAUGGAUUGACGGUUGUGUUUGAAGACAUAAAGGAGGAAGAUGUGAAAGGGCGAGAAAAAAUGGUGGAGGACUUGGAAAUAGCAAGGAAAAAACCCCGAGCUAAGAAAAUGUCUCUGGAGGAUGUCGUUAGCGCGAUGGAGACCAUGACAGAGCAAUUGGGUUUGCUCAACAACAUCGUCCAUAAAAUUGAUGACAGGAUAAAGCCACUUGAAGACUAUGUGAAAGGGAGAAAGGAUUCAGGCUCUUGAACAAGAUAAAUCGUCUACUUUGUUUUUAUAUUUGGUUGAACUUUGUUUUGAUUUCGAACUAGUACUUUUUUUUUAUUUGGAACUAGUACUUUGUUUUUAUUUGAAACUACUAUUUUAUUUUUAUUUGGAAUUAGUACUUUGUUUUUAUUUUCGAUCUCGGAUGAACUAUAUUUUUAAUUUGAAUUAUUGAACUCCUGU